CGGCUUUGUGGCAACACGCCCCGAGCCGAACCCCGACUUCGCGAACAGGCGCGUUCGUCGCGCCAUGUAGUUAUAUCCCAACAGUUAAAGAACAAGCUUCAAACUGUUUUCAACUCUCACAAAAGUUGUUAAAAAAUACUCCGGUGUCGGAACUGACUCCCAGCAGCCGCAGACUUCAGGGGAAUCAGCUUCCGACCCGGGUAGAUUCGAGCCAGCAUCUCUCGGCAAGCGACUCAGCGCCGGUAUGUCUGGGAUCAUCACCAAACUGAAAGUGGGGGCUAACCAGCCGCCCCCGCCGCCGCUGGAGAACAACCCCAUCCUUCAAUUCUUCGAGGUGGGCAAGGAGAGCAGCACGGCUGGACCUGGCCUCAUCUGGAGAGUACACGAUGCUUAUAGGAAGAGCGAUGGCAAGGAAUGUUCGGUGUUCGUGUUCGACAAGCGCAUCGCGGAGAAACUUUACAAGCCGAAGCGCAAGGAGAGCAUGUUGGACUGCAUUCGCAUCUGCAUCACGUCUAUGGAGAAGUUGCGACACCCGAAGAUGCUGCAAGUCAUCCACGCUCUCGAAGAAGGCACCACUACCAUAGCCUUCGCUUCGGAACCCGUACUUGCGAGCCUGGCUAACAUCUUGUCUUGGCAUGAGUGCAACGUGCUGCCAGGCAAUGCGCCUCCCAUUAUGCCGCACCCCAUUACCCUGGGCCCUCCAAGCGCUCAGCAGCAAAUCCUGAACACUCCUGCCGUGCUGCCUCCACAUGCCAAGGAGUACUUCUUCCUGGACAUCGAGCUGCGAUAUGGAUUACUGCAGCUUAUCGACGCUCUUCACUACAUGCACUACAACUCGCACCAGAUGCAUCGCAACGUGUGCCCGCAAGUCAUCAUCGUCACCAAGAGGGGAACAUGGAAGCUUUUCGGUCUCGAAUUUGCUGAAAACUGCCUGUCGUCUGAUCCCACCGAAAUGAUCUGCGUACCUCCGUGGUCUAUCAAGGUGGCGAAAUUAUCGCAGCCAAACCUUGAUUUCUUGGCUCCUGAGGUGCAGACCAGCGGUCAUUGCAGCAUUCUGUCUGACAUGUUCUCACUGGGGCUCGUCAUCUGCGCGGUCUUCAACAAUGGCAAGCCGCUGAUACAGGCCAAUAAUAACCCUAUGUUGUACAUGAAGCAGAUUGAAUUUUUGGACCAGCAAGUAAUCCAGGUGUUGCCUCGUGUGCCCACUGCUCUGCAAGAAGCCGUGCAGCGCCUGCUGGCGAGAGACCCUCAUCCUCGGCCCACGACGCAGCUGCUGCCCCUCAUAAAAUACUUCAACCGGGGUGAACAUGAGCAAGCGAUAGCCGCCAUGCAAUUUCUGGAUGUGGUGACAAUGAAAGAUCCAAAUCAGAAGGCAAACUUCUACCGAACUACUCUCAUUGAUGCUUUGCCAUGCAUACCAAAGAAACUACGCUGGCAACAUAUUUGGCCUGCCCUGCAAAUGGAGGUCAGAACCGCUGAAGUUCUAGCCUCAGUCUUGCAGUCAGUGAUGUGGCUAGUCAGGGAGUCCACCCAAGAAGAGUUUUCUUUCUACAUCAUGCCUACUUUAAAAAUAUUGCUGAAUUCACCAAAGAGUAUCCAAGCUUCGGUCACAAUUUUGGAGAAUUUGCAUACAAUUAUGCAAAAGUGUACGCAAGCAGAAAUUGACAAUGAAAUAUUACCAGCGCUCUAUCAUGCCCUGGAUAGCAACACCACGCAAAUCCAGGCAGCGUCACUGAUAGCCGUUCAAAAUAUCUGCGAUGUCCUCGAGGACAGGAUCCUUCAUACCACAAUCCUGAACAAAGUAAAAGCACUACUUGAGAGGAACCAAAGUGACGUAAAGAUCAUCAGCCUGAUCCUCUGCUUCUUCGAAAAGAUAAUAGUGAGGCUCGAGCGGACCCACAUUUUGGAGCAGGUGAUUCCCACUCUGCUGGCUAUGCGGCUCAGCGACCCCGAUAUCGUCAAUCGUGUCGUUAAACUCUACAAGAACUUGCUCUUGGAAAGAAAAUUUGGAUUGAACACGAAUGUGAUGGCAACAAAAAUGAUACCGUCGCUUGCUCCACAAACUGUUAACCCGGCUCUGAACGUCGACCAGUUUACUAACUUGAUGGAGAUCCUGUACGACAUGCUGGAGAACAUCGACCGGCAGCAGCGCUACAAGCUGAAGGCCGACAACCUCGCGCUGCCGAGCCCCGAGCGUCGCAAGCUUCGUCAUCAAAUGAGCACAGAUAACAUGAAUGCACCACCUUUUAAUAUCCCUAACUUAAGGGUGGAGCAGCGUAAAACCUCUAGCGCCGAGGACAUGGCCCGUAAAAACUCUAUGACUGGGCCCCCUCCCGCAGCUAGUGCUAGCGGUAGUGUAGGCGGUUUCAAGAGUAAGCAUGAGUUUCCAACCUGUAAUGUAAAGACUCCGACUAGACAAAGAAUUAUACGGAAAAUUUAUUCAGGCACGGGGAUCGGUCAGUGGUUCUUCGGCUCAAGCAAUUCUACCAAUAACGACAACAAUUUCCUUCGCGUUUCAAGCGCUUUUCCAAAUCGCCGCCUGUCGGAUAACACUCUGAUGACGCCCAAGAUCCGCAUCGCGCCGUCAUGCGCCUCGUCCCCCGGCGGCACCCCGGGGGGCACGUCCGGCCUGCCCACGCGCCGCCACUCCAGCAUCGGGCCGCAGGAGCGCCGCGGCUCCGCCGUCAAUCUGUCGCCGCCUACCGGCUACCAGUACAGGGGCAGAGGGGGCGGCUCAGGCUCGAGCCUGUCCGUGCCGUCAACGUCUCAAUGCGUUGGUGGCUCAAUGCCUAAUACGUCAUCGAGUGUACCGUUUCUGCUGACCUCGUCAAUGCAAUCGAUUCGGUCGCGCCGGCCGUCGGCCUGCCUGAGCAGCUCGCAGGGCUCCGGACUGCUGCAGCAGCUCAGCAGUGGCAUGGUAAGACACCUGCCGAGCGGCAGUAGACACCACUCGCACGCCUCCACGUCGACGAACUGGAGCCUGCAGGGGGCCACCGCCGCCGGGUACAACGCCCUGCACCACACCGCCAUGGCUGUGAGGAAGUGCCCCUCGCUCAAUAUUACCCUCACGCGCUAAGCUGCGCCUCUGUCUGUAGUAGCGGCACGCCGAGUGUCUCUCACCCUGCGAUCUGCCGACAAGGGCGAUCCCCGUCCGGUCCCUUGAUGUUUUGUAGUUUUAUCAUAUUAUAUCGAUGUUGUUUUAACUAUUACCAUAUUACAUUUAUUUGCAAAUACUUUUUAGAGAUAUGAACUUGUUUGUUUUCGUAUGCUGUCUAUCAAUAUUGAUUUUUGUUAGAUUGUGAAAGCGUAAGAAAUUGAAAGAGAAUACGGAAACGCGUGGAUUUUAGGUUGACAUCGACAUCUCUAAUUUGAUGAAUGUGUAAAUUCACUUUUAAAAAUGUCAGCAAAGGUAUGAGGUAGGAGACCCUGUGUAAGCUUUAAUCAAUAUAAUGUGGACAUAUCACUUUGUGUGAAGGAAAAGUGUUAAGAGGAUGUCCAUUUGUAAUAAAAUGUAAGAGUUUAUAAAUUGAAUUAUGUACUUAUUAAAGAGUAUAAUGUUACCAAAACUGAUAGUGUACAGCAAAAUGUUGUAUCGAGGUGCUGUGAUAUGGUAUUGUUAUAUUUAUUAGAAACUACUUUAAAGUAGUAAUAACUUUCUGCUGUUGAACGAUGGCAUAUUAAACACUAAUAUGGCAUUGAUAAAUUAUUGGCUAUCAAAUACGAGUCGUUAAUGUGCCAAAUAUUUACGAUAAUUGAAAAAGAGUAAUGUGGUAUUCCACGUGCGAGCGCGAGCCGCACACUGCUGCGACCGGCACGGUGCCACGUCGAGUGCUCUCUGUGUACUCACAUCGCUUUACAACAUUACUCGCACAAUAUGCGGGAACGUCAUUUUAAUUUAUGCUAUUGCUCUUAACUUCUUAUUUACCUAAGUACUUAUUCGGUUCAAAUACUUGCAAUUGCAAAGAAUUAAAAAUUACAUAAGUAUUACGAACUUGUUGAAAAUGUAAGGUGUUUUUAUACACUAGAGACAGAUAAAAUUUGGCUUCUCAGCUGCAUAUUAUAACUAAAACGUUUGACAAAAUCGUCGUUUGUUGAUACCAAGUCUGUUCACCAUUAAUAUAUCAACUAUUAAUAAAAUACACAGAAAGGAUCAGUUGAGCGAAGGAUUUCCACAAUACUUAUUCGUUUAAUAUCCCACUUUACUUUCUGUCCAGUCAGCAUAAUAUACUCGUAGUUAGGUAUUUGCACAAAGUGUAUACUCCGUGCCGUAUAACUGGAUUUGUUUUAGAUAUCAUUGACCCCAUCCUUUUAGCUUGAGCACAUUUAGUUUGCAAUUCCGGCUUAUCGGUAGGUAUGAUGUAGUGUUAUUGAGGUGUGAUGCCGUAGUCCACUAGCCAGCUGUGACGAGAGCGGUCGGACGGGUGACAGCGUAGAGUAGCGUAGCACUAGUUGUAGCGUAGCGGGCGGGCGGGGACCGCGCUGCCGGUUGCGGAGGCGGCGCGAACCCCGCAACCACUGAUCUGGCACGCGCUUUGUUUUUAAUAUUUUUUUUUUAUUAUGGUUUCUUCCAGUACCAGCUGUUUUCCGGACGUACAUAAAAAGAAAUUGAUAUACGUUAGAGCCGCGUAGCGUAAACCGAGAGCGGAUCGGCGAUCGCGGCGCGCGCGCGUUGUGCCGCAGAACGCGCUGCGCUGCUCUCUCGCCGCGAGCCGAGCGCCGCUCGCCGCCCGUCCGCGCCUCGCCGCUGCACGUGCUCAUUUCAUCUCAUACAUGAGCUUCUAUUUUUGAAAGUAAAUUACCGUUCCAAAAUUAAUAAACCUACAAUAACAAUGCAAAAUUACACUAGUGCAUGACACAUUCAUGUGUUAUGCCUCGGCCUAACGAUUUUGGAAAACUUUCAAUAACAUCUAGCAAAUUACUAUCGUUUGUAAUGCAUGCUGACUGUGAAAAACUACUAUUAGAUCUACUAAAUAUACCUACCUAAUAUUACCAAAAUUUAUCGAGAAUUAUAUGAAUAUCUAUCUUUUCCUCAUUUUUUUCUGAUGUCAUGUAGCGUUUGCCUGCCACGUGAUCUUGUAUUCAGUAUGGGAAGUAUAAAAGUGGUGCACGUCACAUGUUACGGUUAUGACUUCAUACUUUAACAUCAUGUCUGUAUUUGGCACAGUUAUUUGCACUUCUUUAAAAAACAGUACUUACUGCUUCUCCAUGCACAUUUACACACUCUUUUAUUGAAAUAUUUAAACACUUUCCAGUUGUUAGAAGUAGUACAGUCAUUUGGUAAUUUUGCCUGGAAAGCUCUUAAGAAUUCGUAAGGUUUUUUUACUUCACUGUUCUCGCACAUAGUAGCGAAUUUCAUCUUGGUCGUCUCAUGUUUUGGUCGCUCGCGACUCCAAAAUAGAAAAUGGCAUUAAUAACAGAUUUUCGGCAACAUUAAAUCUUUUGUGUAAAAGCGUGCGAUUAAAAACUCGUUGCCAUAUGGCCUGCUCCUAUGAGAAAGAACGAUGAAUAUGUGAAUUUCGAAUAAUCCAUUUUCCAAUAUUCCGAACGUUAAAUAUUAAUUUAUUAAAAUUUACCAAUUUAAAAAACUAAAGGAGUACUCUCCAGGUAGACUUUCUUUAGAUCAAAUGGCUGGACUAUAGACUUGAGAUCGAGAAGUACCGGCAGAGUCUCACGAUACGAUGACAUUCGCAAAAUAUAUACGUUAUUUAUUUAUUAUUUCAAUACCUAUAUUUACGUGCCGUGAACGUAACUUAAUAGAG